AUGUCUGCCAUGAUGUGGAUGCUGCCGCCGCUGCUGCUGCCGCAGCUCUGGGCUAUGCCCACAUUCUAUGAUAAGAACAUGAAGAAAGAGGUCUCAGCCUACAAGGGGAUCGGAGAGAUGUGUCAAAACAAUUCUGAGUGUCAGAGCGACUGCUGUGUCACCAACAGCGCGAACCCACAGAAAUUCUGCACCUCCCAGACCGUGUUUUUGGAAUGUGUGCCCUGGAGGAAGCCAAAUGGGUUCCUCUGUGAAGAAAACACAGAAUGCCACAGCAACUGUUGCAUCAGGACUAGCAACAGCCCCGACACGUUCUGCUCAUCAAAGACCAUCUUCAUGCAGUGUAUAUCUUGGCGCAAGGCUGAAGGAGACCUGUGCCAACACCACUUCGAAUGCUGGAGUCUUUGCUGCCUCCCACUGAGCGAGAAUAGUCCUUCCCACUGCACAAAGCGCACGGGGCUCCUGGCCCUCUGCCUGCCAGUGUGAAUGAACAUGAUCUUGUGUGACACAGAACUAAAGCUGGACUUCAGAGAGCAGAAAGUGCUUUGCUCACAUCUAGACUGUCCCCUUAUUUGGGUUCUGAAAAUCUGUAGGAAUUAGAGAUGUCUGUUGCUUGUUGUUAAUGUGAAUUCUGAGUCCCACAUAGGAAGCACCUGUGGG